AACUGACGUCAGCACACUAGACCAGAAUUAGGGGGUGAUUGUAGUGAUGAUGAUUCUUCUCAAGUGAUUUAAACAGUUUUUAAGCAUUUUGGGUUUAAAACCGGGGUGUGGAGUGCAAAACCGGUGCAAAAGUGUUAAAGUGGUGCAAUAGUCGCAAAAUGACACCCUCUGUGCGCCCCACAAGUUGAUAAUCUCCACUAAAUGCACAAAAUCGCCCCCAUGAUGGCCACCAAGCUAGUGAGACACUUAGAUUUAUCAAAGAUUGUCACCACCAUCGUUUGGACGCCCCCUCGAACAAAACUAACGAAUUUCUCCCCAUGUAGAUCGCAACAUAUCAAACUUAAUUUUAGUACAAGCUGUAGAUUGGAUGGCAGUGCUGGUAGAGCGGAGACUACAAGCACGACGCAAGGCUUAUCCAAAUUACAAGCGCAGGAAUUGGUCUUGAGACUGAACGGUGAAGAGAGAAAUAUACUGAUUUCGGCGCUACAAGAGUACCAAUCAAAACUAGUCAAAGACGAGUACGAAGGUCAACUAGCAGCCUCACGAUGGAGAAGUAAAUUCGGACGUCCGAGCAAAUUGCCAAGACUGGGAGACGUAGAUCCUACGGGAUCCUAUUGUCCCGUUCCCGAAGACUGGUUAAGGAAAAAAUUUGCCGAAUCGGUGCCUCGCCCCACCAGCAGGAACUUGAUGGGCAUCGCCAUCGCCAACUCGAUCCCGUUCAUCGGCUUCGGCUUCUUGGACAACUUCUUCAUGUUGUUAUUUGGCGAUUACAUCGACCUUUACUUGGGGUCGUAUUUCUGCAUGACGACGAUGGCGGCCGCCGCCCUGGGGAACACGCUUUCGGACGUCUUGGGCAUCGGGACGGCCUUCUACGUCGAGCGUCUCGCCAACAAGAUAGGGUUUCGCCCCCCGAAGCUGUCCCCCAUCCAGAUGGACAUGACGUGUUCGCGGAACGCGGCCAACUUCGGACGCGUCUUGGGGGUCACUCUGGGGUGCAUCCUAGGCAUGUGCCCCCUGCUGUUCCGCAAGGGGAAAGACGAGGACGAGAAGGAUGAAUAAAGUAGGAUUUUUGUGCAAUAAAACCCUUAGUCAGUGUUACUUGCAUUUAUUUUCUUGUAUAUAUGAUGUAUAUAAAUGGAGUAAAAUGACCAAAAAAAUUCAAUGUUAGAGACGCUUUUAUACUUGACUCAAAUUCGUCCAAAAGUCACAAUCUUGUCUAUUUUUCAAUACCUGUGACUUGUUAUAUACUUAAUUUAUUGUACCCCUCCUUUUAGCCUCUAUUGAAGUGUUCAAUAAAUAGACUGUUAGAAAA